CUUUUACGCGCCACUCUCGCGGGCUCGCUCUCUCCACCCUAUCCGUUUAAUUGAACGGUGGGUCCGGACGAUGCCGGUCCUCGCCACCGAGGCGGCGAGCGGCUGGAUUCUGGGGCCUAGGGCUAGGGUUAGGGUUUCGGGGAAUGGGUUCCCUUCGUUCAUCCCCAAGGAGGUGGAGAGGAUCAGAGACCUUGCCGCCCGGGAACUGGCCAAGAGGAUCGAGAGGUUGCCAGUAAAGGUCAGCUUCACGAAUAGCUCCAUUAUGAGUAGCUGCGUGAAGCCGUCUCAAAGGAGGGGAAAGGAGCCAAUUGUCCUUCUCCAUGGUUUUGACAGUUCUUGUUUAGAAUGGAGAUAUACAUUACCAUUGCUUGAGGAUGCUGGAUUAGAGACUUGGGCUGUUGACAUUCUUGGGUGGGGCUUCUCUGAUUUAGAAAUGCUUCCACCAUCCAAUGUGGCUGCCAAGCGUGAACACCUCUUCCAGCUUUGGAGGUUGUAUAUUAAGAGGCCCAUGGUAUUAGUUGGACCAAGUCUUGGUGCUGCUGUUGCCAUUGACUUCGCAGCCAACCAUCCAGAAGAAGUUUCUAAGCUAGUUUUAAUUGAUGCAAGCGUAUAUGCUGAAGGCACAGGAACUAUGACUAAGUUACCUAGAGCACUAGCAUAUGCUGGGGUGUUCUUGUUAAAGAGCAUUCCAUUAAGGUUUUAUGCAAAUACAUUGGCCUUUAAUAAGGUUUCAUUUGGCUCGGCACUCGACUGGGCUAAUGUGGGCCGCUUGCACUGCUUAUUACCCUGGUGGGAAGAUACAACUGUUGAUUUUAUGGUUAGUGGCGGCUACAACGUCAGUAGUCAAAUAAAACAGAUAAAACAAAAGAGUCUAAUUAUAUGGGGUGAGGAUGAUCAAAUUAUUAGCAGCACAAAUGCACUGAGAUUGCAAAAAGAACUACAGAAUUCAGUUUUACAUCGGAUUCCGGAAUGUGGUCAUAUUCCUCAUGUGGAGAAGCCCAUGUCCGUGGCUGAGUCCAUUCUUGAGUUUCUUCAAGGUGAUCACAGUUAAAAAAACCAUGGUUUCAUGUUGUGAAAAUGUUUGCUCUCACCCAUGAUGUGGAUUAGUCAUUAAUUCUUUGCCAUGCUUGAAGAAUUUAUAACAUAUCAUUAUGAUAUGAUGAAUUGGUUAUAGUGCUUGUAUCUUUCCGGGAAAAUACAUUGUACACUACCAUUUUUUAAUGGAGUCUCUAUGACCUAAAAUGUAGCA